AUGGAUUCCAAAAAAGUUGCCCUCAUUGUAGGCGCUUCCAGGGGCAUUGGACGCCAGAUUGCUAUUGAUCUCGCUAAGAACCAAUAUGCAGUCGUCGUCGCAGCAAAGUCAACCAGCGACGCAUCCAAAGUCCACCCUUUCCCGCCAGACCCCAACUCCCCAGAGUCCACCAUCUCUACAGUGACACGGGAGAUUAUCGAGGCGGGCGGCGAUGCCGUGGCCAUUGCCGUGGAUACACGCGAGUACGAGAGCAUUCGCAACCUCGUGUCCGAGACCAUCCGGCACUACGGCCGCCUCGACGCCCUCGUGUAUAAUUCUGGGGCCAUAUGGUGGGCCUCGGUCGAGGAGACACCCUUUAAGCGUUUCCAGCUGAUGCAACGGGUCAACAUCGAGGGUCUAUACGGCGUCGUGCAAGAGGCUCUUCCGCACCUCAAGCAACGUGGGACGGGAAGAAUCAUCGUCGUCAGCCCGCCCAUUUACUCGCGCUUCUUCCGGGGCAAGACGGCCUACGCCAUGGGCAAGGUGGGCAUGAGCGUCCUGACCAAGGGGCUGGCCAUGGACUUUGCGCGGCAGAAUCUUGACGGCAUGGCCAUCACCAGCAUCUGGCCCGCCGUUGCCAUUGAGAGCGGCGCCACCAAGAAGAUGACGGAUAGGAAUCCCGACGAAGCCCGCGACCUGCGCCGUGCCACUGUCUUCUCCGACGCUGUCCUGGCCAUGUUGCGUGCCCCUGCCGCCAGCGUCAAUGGCCGGCUGGAGCUCGACGAGGAUUUUUUACGUUCCGAUGCCGGUGUGACUGAUUUCUCAAAGUACUCGGUUGUGCCCGGUGCGACGCCCCGACGCAUCAUGCCACAGCACUUGCCCACGCUCACCGUGGCGGAGCAAGACGACGAGGGCAAGAGGAUGAAUAGUGCGGAGGGCAAAGCAAAGUUAUGA